AUGAAGCGUAACCACGCACACCUAGUUACAAAUCCAAGGGAAGCAGCAGCAAAGGAAAAAAGCUCACUAAUUCAACAGAGUGCACCCGAGUCAAAAAACCAGAAGAAAGUGCAACCGACACUCCAGGAAGCACUAGACCGGAAGAAGGCCUGGGAGCCCACUGAUGCGCAGGCACUGCUGCACUGCCAAAAGCUGGCAGAAUUUCUGGCUGUCAGCAUGAAGCCAUUCUCUAUGGUGGAAGACCCAGCAUUCCUCAGGUUCAUGCACUACUGUGUGCCCAAAUGGAAGAUUCCUGGGAGGAAACACUUUGCUUCCUCUGUUGUUCCUGCUCUCGAAGCAGCCAUUCGUGAGGCCCUCAAGAAAGAGCUCAAACUCAGCAUUGGGGGAAAAGUGCAUCUGACCACCGACAUCUGGUCAAGCCGGCAAGUGACGGACUACAUGUCUGUCACAGCUCACUGGAUGAUCCAGGAUCAGCAGGGAUGCCUGUCCAGACGGAAGGCAGUCAUGGACAUGGCAAGUUUCGGCCAAACGCACACGGCUGAGAAUAUAGCCGAAAAGUUGGACUCCGUCGUGAAACGCUGGCUGCCACCUCUGGACUUAGAACCAGGUUAUGUGACCACGGACAACGCUCAGAAUGUUGUCAGAGCAUUAAGAGAUGUCAGCAUGAAGCGAAUUCCGUGCAUGGCACACUGUCUCAACCUCGUUGUGAAAGGAGGCCUAUCGAAGGCUGGACCAGCUGUGGAAGAUGCUUUAAAGACUUCCCGGGCCAUCUGUGGACAUUUUCACCAUUCGGCUACAAAAAUGUCAAAGCUCGCAGAGGUACAGCGCCGGCAAAACUUGCCCCAGCACCAGCUGCUACAAGACGUGCCAACUCGCUGGAACAGCACCUUGCAUAUGGUAGAACGACUGUGUGAGCAACGACGUGCGGUGACAGAGUUCUUUGAAGACAGCAGCAAGCACCACCUCACUCCAGAACAGUGGAUGCUUUUGAAGACCCUGAUAACUGUGCUGCGACCAUUUGAGGAGGCGACCCUCCUGGUGUGCAUGGAUGAUGCCACAUUAGGUCAAGUGCUGCCUCUGCUCAAGUUCAUUGAACGGAGCCUUGAACGGAUGGCCAGCCGUGAAGGGGCAGCGGGUACUGCACAGCUUGCUGCCAGCCUGCUAACUGCAUUGCACAGCAACAGGCAUCUGAACAGCAUCAAGGAAGACAUUGUGUACUGGGCUGCAAGCUUCUUAGAUCCAAGGUUCAGGAACACAUUUGGCAACUACACUGAAGACCAGGCCGCUUUAAAACUGAAAAGGACGCAGGAGCACCUUAUUCGCCAGUUGAGGAGACCAUGGAUGCUAAAGAUGACUGCAUCACAACAGAAACCUCGUCGCAAAUGUCAGCGCAACCGUGCAGUACAUCGGUUCAAACAGUGA